AUGGGUCUUCCGGUUGCUAUCCUGGCCAUUCUAAGCGGGGCCGCUGCCCGCGACAUAUUUGUAUCCCCAACCGGCACCGGCACCGGCACUCAGACGGCGCCGUAUGGGUCCAUUCAAUCGGCCGUCAACGCCGCCGUGGCCGGCGACACCAUUUACCUCCGCCAGGGCACCUAUGCGCCGUCUGCGAACAUCCAGUUCUCCAAGAGUGGAACCGUCACGUCUCCCAUCUCCGUCCGCCCGUACCAGAGCGAGAAGGUCAUCAUUGACGGCGAGAAUAUGCCUGGCACGCCCAAGGCCCUGGACGAAUCGUUGCCCAACUCGCAGCGAGGCAUCUUUCACAUCCAGAACGCCAACUACUGGGCCUUCUAUGAUCUAGAGAUGAUUAACGGCCCCUACGGCAUCUACGCCCGCGACGCCUCGCACAACUACUACAACGGCCUCUCGACGCACGACAACUAUGAGACGGGCUUCCAGCUCGAGGGCGCCUCGUCCAACAACACGGUCCUCAACCUCGACUCGUACCGCAACCGCGACCCGCGCAAGAACGGCGAGAGCGCCGACGGCUUCGCGUGCAAGUCGGGCUCCGGCGAGGGCAACGUGCUGCGCAACGCGCGGCUGUGGGACAAUGUCGACGACGGGCUCGACCUCUUCAUGUUCGCGUCGCCCGUCACGCUCGAGGAGGUCUACAGCUGGGGCAACGGGUACAACCGCUGGGGCUUCUCGCCCUUCGAGGGCGACGGCAACGGGUUCAAGCUCGGCAUCACGGACAACCCGCCCGCGAACCACGUUGUGCGCAACUCGAUCGCGUUCGGCAACUUCAAGAAGGGGUUUAUCGAUAACGGCAACCCCGGCGCGCUGACGUUUGAGCGGAACACGGCGUGGAACAACGGGGACACGGGUUUUGUGAUGCGUAGUUCGUCGUCGAGGAUGACGGGGAACAUUGCUGCGGUUAACGUUGGCAGCGCGCAGGUUAGUCUUGUGAGCACGGUGACUGCGACGGGGAACUCGUGGAACUCGGGGACGUGGUCCAACAGCUCCUUCGUCAGUGUGGAUGCGUCUGUGUUGAAGGGGGCGAGGGGUUCGGAUAAGAAGGUCAAAGGGAGCAACUUUUUGAUUCCGGCGUCAGGACAAGCCAUUGGUGCGACAACUCUCGCUGAGGUAUAA